AUGCCGACUUAUAACACCGUAAUCCUCGACAUUGAAGGCACAACUACACCUAUUACUUUUGUAAAAGACGUAUUGUUUCCAUAUGUAACAUCCGGCCUCUAUAAGUUCUUGACUGAAAAUUGGGGUUCACCAGGACUGGAUCAGCAAAUUGAAUUGUUGCGACAACAGGCUGAACAGGAUAUCGAAGCCGGUAUCAAGCAAGCCGUCCUUAUUCCUCAUGAAACAAGCAGCAACGCAGAUCAGGUUCGAGCGGCCGUUCAACAAUGUAUAGAAUGGCAAAUGCAGGAGGAUCGCAAAAUAGGCGCCCUCAAGAGCUUUCAGGGAUAUAUGUGGAAGGAAGGCUAUGAGUCUGGUGAACUCUGUGGCCAAGUGUACGAUGAUGUCGUUCCCGCCUUUGACCGAUGGAAGCAGCAAGGCUGCAAGAUCUAUAUUUAUUCAUCUGGCAGCGUACCUGCCCAAAAGCUACUUUUUGGACAUUCAGUAAAAGGCGACCUUUUGCCUUACUUUUCAGGUCACUUCGAUACCUCCAUUGGCUCUAAAAUAGAAUCAUCCUCUUACAUCGCCAUUUCAAAGGCUAUUGAAGCUAACCCAUCGGACAUCCUAUUCGUUAGUGAUAACGUGAAAGAAAUCAUAGCCGCUGAAGAAGCUGGCUUCCAAGUCGUCCUUUCUGACCGUCCUGACAUUGCACCGCUUACACAACAAGACAGACUGAAUCGACGCGUGGUUACGUCCUUCAGUCAGAUUCCAUGA